CGCUAUUCUGCCAAACACCUACUUUGGUCAUUCGUUGGCUAGUUGGCCGAAGUAAAUCUGCCCGUAUUUCACGUAUCGAGGCGCUGAGGUUUCACAAAAUGUCGCUGACAUUUAAACCUAUGGCACCAUAUGAAGCAGAGGAAUGGGAUUGAAACCCUACCCCAUUCUACCUUUCGACCUAACAAGCGGGCAGGUUCUCGACGUGCCUCCGGAGUCGGAGUUCGACAGAGCGGACGAAACGACGAAUAAUCUUGUAAGGACUCAAAAUGGACAAUAGAUGGUAUGGUAACACACAAGAAAGAAGCACUCAAGAAAAGCGACAACGUGAAAGAGAGGAGUCAUAUGAAAAUUCACUCGUUGAGGAUCUGGGAGAGGAUUUUCGUCUUCCAAUUGAACACAGGCCUACUGAAAAUCUUGACCUAGAUAAUGUGGAGCAAGCAUCUCUGGACACACAGCUAACAUCAUCUAACAUUGGCUUUAGGCUUCUCCAAAAAAUGGGCUGGAAAGGGAAGGGCCUUGGUAAAAAUGAGCAAGGAAUAGUUGAACCAAUAAAAGCUGGAAUUAGAGAUCACAAAUUAGGAGUGGGGAAGCAAGAGCAAGAUGACUUUUUUACUGCAGAAGAAAAUGUUCGGCGUAAGAAACUUGAUAUAGAGUUAGAGGAGACUGAAGAGAAUGCGAAGAAGCGGGAGGUGAUGGCAGAAAGAGAGCAAAAAAUCCAAACUGAGGUGAAAGAAAUACAAAAAGUGUUCUACUGUGAUCUCUGCAACAAACAGUACAAAUUUGCUAUGGAAUUUGAGGUUCAUCUGAGCUCGUAUGAUCACAAUCACAGAAAGCGGUUCAAAGAAAUGAAAGAAAUGCAUAGUACUAACAAUCGUGAUGAUCGGAAAAAACGCGAACAACUUCGCCAAGAGAGGGAGAUGGCCAAGUUUGCUCAGAUGGCGGAUGCCCAUAAGCAACAGAAGCAACAGAACGAUCAAUCUGGAACAACUCCUUCAACCACGUUGAGAACUGCAACUGCACUUGCAGAUCAAGAUCAGCGAAAGGCAUUGAAAUUUGGCUUUUCCUCUAAGCCUGGUUCAUCCAAGCUUCUUCUGGUCUCCUCUUCGACUUCUAUGCAGCUUCAUGCCCAACGGCAGAAGCCAUGGUGAAAAACACAGUGAGAUCGGCUUCAACUGAUGAUCCAACAAUCCCUGCAAAACUCCUCCGUUUACUGUUCCAUGACUGCAUGGUGGAGGUCAGUGAAUCUCAACUAGCUCAAAACCUGGUUUCUAGGACAGUCCCUUUUUGUAACACUGCAUUUUUACCUUGUAGGGUUGUGAUGCCUCUGUGCUAUUGGAAGGAAAUGAGAUAGAGGGAUGAUCUAGCCAAGCAUCGCUUGGGGGAUUCUAGGUGGUGGAGUUGGCCAAAGGCUUGCUUGAACUCUUCUGCCCAGAAAAUGUUUCUUGUGCGGCUGCAAGAGAUGCUGUUGAAUUUGUACUCUCUCACCCAAAUAAAAUUGAAGGAAUGAUGGUGAAGAAACUGAUGAGGCUCAUCUGACACAGGCUGGAGGACCAUCCAUUCAGAUUCCUACAGGUAGGAGAGAUGGAAGAGUGUCUCCGGUUUCUAAUGUGACACAAGUUGGAGGACCAUCCAUUCAGAUUCCCUCUCCUUUCCUUCCACUGGACAUUGGUGACGUUCGGUGAUUUCUCACCAUUUUCUUAGUGGUGUUCCGCCGCUGCUGCUGUAUCAACAAAUAUCAACCCAUUGUUAACAAAGGUUCUUCAAAUGGCAUUGUUCCUUUCGUCCUUUUUGUCGCUCAUCCACCAAUACUCCGGCGCCGAGCAUCUCAGAAAGCUAGGCAGAAGAUCGAAGGACAGAUCUACCGAACAGUGUUGUGGCUUCCGAAUUGAAGAGGCAAGAUGCUCUGAAGGUGAAGAAAAAACGGAUGGUUCAGAUGUCUGUUAGUCUUUUCCAGUCGACUGACCGGAUGGCCUUCUGUCAUUGCCAUGGUUGGGAACUAGUUUGGAAAGUAAAAGUGGUCUUUUCCAAGUCGACUGGUGUUCCUCGAAUUCCCUGUUGUGGUGUCAGAGUCUGAUAUCGUAGCUAUGGUAUAGAGUAAGAUCCCUGCCAUUGCCGUGAUCGGAAGUUCCUGGAUGGGCCCUAAUUGGCUCGGUUUGCCGCUGCUGAAAGGAAGAAGAGGGUGAAGGAGAAGAAGGGAGAGGGAGAGGACGAAGGGUAAAAUUGGAUUUUUAAAAAAGUUUACAUGUCACGUGGUGUCACGUGUGUAUGGGUUUUAAUGGAACAUUAACAGACACUAACGGCAAGGGUAGGGCUAGUCAAUUGUCAGAAACAGUAGGGGUGGUGCAAGACAAUAGAGUUAAACAGUAAGGGUAAGGGUAUAGUUAGUCAAUUAGCUAAACUGUAGGGUAGUUUAAGAACUUUUCCCUAUAUAUAAUUAUAUAUAGGCUUGGUUUGGGACAUGGUGGACCUGGUUCCGACCCGAUAAUAAUCGGGAAAAAAAUAUUAGGAAUUGGAACCAACCCAUUGGGACAAGACCUGGAACCAGAACUGGUCUAAUCGGUCUGGAACCAUCGGGUCAGACCCAACCCAACAGCCCUAAGUUCUAUAAUAAUACUACAAUACUACCAUGAUGGUUUUGUAAAUGUCUAGUUUGAAAAAUGUUUUUUUUUUUUUUUCACUUUGCUUCAAGAUGGUUUAAAUCAUGGAAGCAGCUGGGUACUGUUGAAUCAAAAUAUAAAAAUUGAGAGAACUACGUGCUGUUUCUUAGAACCUUUUUGCAUAUCGGAUUCACUGGGAUCUUCCAUGCACCAUUAAUAACUUCCCUUUCACCCCUUUUCCCCUUGGGCUGGUUGCGGGAUUUGUUUCCGCGUCAACAUUGGAACAAACCAGCUAAUACACCAACGAGCCAGCCCUCGGUUGGUGGUUCUACUUGGUACUCUUUAUAUGCAGUUGUUGGUAUAUUUUUUUAAUCUGUCUCGAGUGUUACAGUAAAUUGUUGCUUUUAUUUUUCAGCUGGAUAAUUAUUGAAGCCUUUAAGGGUGAAAGUCUUAUUUUUGAGCUGUAAAUAUCAUGUUGACAUAUUUUUUACGUUUGAAGUGAUGGUGAUAUUUAUUCCUGUACAAUUAAUUCUUCAUCAAUUUCUCAUCCGAACUUGUUUCAAUUACAUCUGAUAUUUUAGAGCUUGUGAAGUGAGGAUAAUGUUGCUUCCAACUAA